AUGUAGAAGAGGGCGUGUAUAAUGGUUGUGGUCUGAGAUACCAAAGGAGUACGUAGUAACAUCUAGGCGAUGUUCAGUAACAAGUUAUACUUUCAUAAUGUCCGAGUGAGAAACUCCAUAGGAGAGUGGUCUGAGCUCGACUAGAAUGCAAGAUGGCAGUGGUUCUGGCUGACAGAAUUGUUGGGGCGAUUAUUGGAGCAGCUGUAGCAGAUGCGGCAGCACAGCCACUCCAUUGGAUAUACAACCCCGAGAAGCUUAGCACCAUCUUGGCACAAGAAGGGCCCUGCCCAGAGUUCCGUCCUCAGUCUGCUAACCCUUUCUACCGGAGGGAGACUGGUCAGCAAACAUGUUAUGGUGACCAGGCAUUUGUGCUCUUGGAGUCUUUGUGUGAAUGCAGAGGUCUAGAUGUGGGGGAUCUACAGCAGCGUACUUACAAAUUUUUUGGCCCAGGAUCAGAAUAUGACACUCCUGUCAAUGACCCUUACAGGGCCAGAGGAGGUCCAAGAGUCCAGUUACCCAUUGAGGGCCCCUGGAGACAUGCAAGCCUCAAGAGCUUCCUAAAAAAUAUGGAUGCGGGCAAGACAGAGACUGGAUGUGACAUAGACAAUCAGAUUGACGGGAUCGCAAAAUUGGCUCCAGUUGUGGCCCUGUAUGCUGGGAAACCAGAAAUGUUGGAAAAGGUUGAGGCUGCCACCCGUGUCACACAGAACAAUGACCUGUGCGUGGUGGUGACACUGGCUGCAGCCCGGUUCCUGGAGUAUUACAUCCUGAAUGGUCCAAAUCAAAAUGCCCUGGAUUCAGUGUUAGAACAACUCAAUGACCCGUAUAGGAAGAACCCCCAGGAUCUGGACAGAGCUGUGGUCGGUCACAUUCACCAUGUAAAGCAAAACUUAUCCAAGGCUCCCAAAGAGCUGAUUCCCAGUGUUUUCACAAACACAUGAGUUUUGCCUGGUGCAUUCCAGGCAGCGCUACAUGGGGUGCUGACAGCCGGCAAGUUCGAUGAGGCGAUCCGGGACACCAUGCGCUGCGGGGGCUGCACCAGUAGCAGAGGCUCCUUCAUAGGGGCAUGUCUGGGGGCUCAGAUCGGACUCCAGGGGAUUCCUGAUUCUUGGAAGAGUAGGACCCUCAGAUAUCCCAUUCUGCUUGAGCUUGCAAAGAAAGUUGCCAGCGUACACUAAUCUGAACACUCACACGGAUAUGCAUGCAUAUGCACACAUGUACGCACACUCACACACACACUCACACAAACAUGCACACAUGCAUGCACAUACACACACACACACACACACAUUUUAUAUUACUCAACAAUGAAGUGCUAGAAUCAGUGAAUACAUGCCUUGGUUUUUCUCUUUAUUUUUAAAGAAGCCUGCUUACUGUCCGAACAUCCAGUGUCACACUUGUAUUUUUAGACUGCAUAACACUUAAUGAAGGUUCCAGCUUAAAGAAUAGAGCUGGAACUUGAUGUAUGGUGUUACAUUAAAAGCUCCUUUACAUUCUGUGUUUGCUUGUACAUUAUACUAUAUCCCGUAAAGUCAAAUAAAAUUGAUAAAAGCACAAUUGUUUCAACAGUGAA